CCAGGGCUGUGGCCCGGAUGUCCGGGCGCUGCGGCCGGGUCGGCUGAUCCGGGAGCUUCUCCAGGGAAACCCGCAAGCGGCCAAUGGCUGUCGAUAUUCAACCAGCAUGCCUUGGACUUUAUUGUGGGAAGACCCUGUUAUUUAAAAAUGGCUCAACGGAAAUAUAUGGAGAAUGUGGGGUGUGUCCAAGAGGACAGAGAACAAAUGCACAGAAAUACUGUCAGCCUUGCACAGAGUCUCCAGAGCUUUACGACUGGCUCUAUCUUGGAUUCAUGGCCAUGCUUCCUCUUGUUUUGCAUUGGUUCUUCAUCGAAUGGUACUCAGGGAAAAAGAGUUCCAGUGCGCUUUUCCAGCACAUCACCGCAUUAUUUGAAUGCAGCGUGGCAGCCAUUGUCACCUUACUUGUGAGUGACCCAGUUGGUGUGCUUUACAUCCGUUCCUGUCGAGUGCUGAUGCUCUCGGAUUGGUACACGAUGCUUUACAACCCCAGUCCAGAUUACGUCACCACUGUGCACUGCACUCACGAAGCUGUCUACCCGCUAUACACCAUCGUAUUUAUCUAUUAUGCAUUCUGCUUGGUGUUAAUGAUGCUGCUCCGACCUCUUCUGGUAAAGAAGAUUGCCUGUGGGUUAGGGAAGUCUGAUCGAUUUAAAAGUAUUUAUGCUGCACUUUACUUCUUCCCAAUUUUAACUGUGCUUCAGGCAGUUGGUGGAGGCCUUUUAUAUUAUGCCUUCCCGUAUAUUAUAUUAGUAUUAUCUUUGGUUACUUUGGCUGUAUACAUGUCGGCUUCUGAAAUAGAGAACUGCUAUGAUCUUCUGGUGAGAAAGAAAAGACUCAUUGUUCUCUUCAGCCACUGGUUACUUCAUGCCUAUGGAAUAAUCUCCAUCUCCAGAGUGGAUAAACUCGAGCAAGAUUUACCCCUUCUGGCUUUGGUACCCACACCAGCCCUUUUUUACUUGUUCACAGCAAAAUUUACUGAACCAUCACGGAUACUCUCAGAAGGAGCCAAUGGACACUAAAUAUAAAAUGCCAAAAAAACCUAAGAAGUGUUCUUAAUAAAAAAGUAAAGAAAUAAAAAAUGUAUUAGUACUCUUCUCUCAUACAUGGGAAUAAGAUUGUCAAUAUAUCUAAUGUUUUUGGUUGUUUUUUUUUUUUUUUUUGACGUAAUUGACUUGACGUUGGACUUGAAAAGUACAAAAUACCAUACUACUCUGUUACAUAGUAUAAUACACUACACACUUAGAGCACUAUUAAAUUACACUAGAAGCCUAUUAGGAAGCACUUGCCUCUUGCAACAAUUUAGUUAUUCUUUAGUGCAAAAUCAUGUUUCUGUGUACCUAGCAAUGUGGUGUUCCCAUUUUUAUUAAAAACUUUAACAAGUGUAAGCUGAAAUCUUUAGCAUUGGCAUAAUUGUGCAUGCCCC